AUGCUGUUUGCCAUCCAGCGGCUCCAUGAGCUCGCGAGGAAGAAGAGUACUGCGGUGUUCGCGUGCUUCGUCGACCUCACCAAGGCAUACGAUUCGGUGGACCGAGACCUACUGUGGGACGUGCUCCGACGCUUCGGCGUGCCCCCGAAGAUGCUGGCGGUCAUUCGCCACUUCCACGAGGGCAUGAGGGCGCGCGUCCGAACGGACGACGGGCAGUACUCGGAAUGGUUCGACGUGGGCCAAGGCCUCCGACAGGGACGAAACCUGGCCCCGCUGCUGUUCAACUUGUUCUUUGCCGCGAUGCUCAUGGUCGCCGUGGCCGAGUUCGACAAGGACCCCAAGGUGACGGCGGACAUGGUCAAGAUCGGGACACAAGUGGAGUACACGGGCAAGAAGGGCAGGUCGGCGGGGAAGAAGACGACGGUGGUGACGGACGCGGAGGCCUUGUGGGCCAUGCUCUACGCUGACGACGCGGCCAUCGUCUCGCGCUCGCCGGAGAGUCUCGAGAAGAUGAUGUCGGUCAUCGUGCGCGUGGCCGGCCUGUUCGGACUGAUGGUAUCGGAGCCAAAGACGGAGAUCAUGUGCAUGCUGCCGAAAGGGAUCGAGGAACGCCCGUUCACGGUCAGCGCCGCCGGCCAGACGUUCAAGCAGACAGAUCAGUCUGUGCACCUCGGACGUGCCAUCUCCGCGGGCGGGAAGGACGACCGGGAGAUCACGAGCCGCAGCUGCCGAGCGUGGAAGUGCUACCGCCGGAACAGUGCUUCAAUGUACGACAGGCGACGGGCCGACCGCCAGCUCAAGAUCCGGCUACCCCAGGCUGAAGUGGUGGAGACUCUCCUGUAUGGGUGCGCCUCGUGGAGCCUAACAGCGGAGCACUACACGAAGCUCAAUGGGACCCACCGCCAGUUCCUCACACGGUGCAUCGGCUGGAGCAAGCGGAAACGCUCCGACCGCCCCCUGUCCUAUGCCCAGGCCCUCAUCCAGGCAGGCUACGAGGAAAUCAUCGAGGCCACCGUGCGCAAACGGAGACUACUGUGUUUCGCGGGCUUUGUUAUGCGCAUGGAGGACAGCCGCCUCCCCAAGCGCAUGCUCUUAGGAGCGAUGACAGGGGGCGUGGGAUACCGGGGCGGGGAGGAGAGCGACUGGGUGUCUCGUCUAGAAGAGGACCUCGUGGCCUCCAACAUGGGAGACGACAAGGAAGGGGGGUAAAUGGAAAGAGAGCGCCAAGGACCCAGAGGUGUGGUACAACAAGGUCGAGGACGGGGCGGCAUGGCUCAUGACGAAAUGGCACAGGCAG